UUUAACAAUUUCUUGCUUCCGUUGUUUGAUCGAAAUUAUUUGAGCUUAAAAUACACGAACUCCAAAAACUGCAUUAACUUUUGCCACAGUCAAUAAAAUAUACAUAUUUUGUACAAAAUGGAUGAAAAGCGAGGUUCUAUAGCUCAUUCGGUGUCCAUAAGGCCCAAACAAAUCUACGGCCUGCGCACCGAUGUCAUUGGCAACAUACAAUUCAAUCUGACCAAGGAGGUCAUGUAUCCGGUCGAGGGUGUUCUGGCCUUCCAUGAUUAUGUGACCAACAAACAGAGAUUCCUACGCUUUCCCGAGGAUACAAAAGCGGAAAUAAUUGUCCUAAGCUCACAUCGCAAGCUGAUGGCUGUCCUCGAACUGCACUCAAAGAAUGGUCGCUAUGUGUCUAUCUAUGAGCUGGCCACGCUGAAGAAACGUCGCCAUCUGGAGUUACCGGCAAAUCAUCGCAAUGCAAUGAUUCAGCAAUUGAUAUUCACAAAUGAUUCGCGUGCCAUCAUACUGAUCACGAAACCGCCCAAUGAGAUGGUCUUUAUGUUGGUCUUGGACAAGACGAGCACUGUCAUCGAGGGCAGAGCCACAUUGCCUGGCUCGCAUGGUGGCGCCGAAUGCAUUGCAGGCAAUCCCAAUGAUUGCGGAUUUGUCGCUGUGGGAGGCGAUCGCACUUUGCUGCUGCUGAGCAAAUCGGAGCGAGGAUUCACCAUUAGCAACAAUAUAAAGAUCAAUUUUCGAGUGACCUCAAUGGCAUUUUUAACCAUGGAUCUGCUGAUGAUGGGCACUGAUCGUGAUCAGUUGAUAUUAGUUGAAAAUGGCGAACUGAAGCUGUCGCAAAAGGCGAGUGUGGCAGAGACUGUGGAUCUGAUGAUAGAUCAGGAGGUGUUCGAUAAGGAGCGAGAGGCACAGGAGCAGCGAUACUCUACGUUGCAGCCAAUGAUCCUGCCCGAUUGGCGAGUUCUCUGCAUGACGGCCUUUACCCGGGGUUUUGCCUUUAUCAUUUUCAACAAGGUUUUCGUCUUCGAGCGCGUUUCCAAGUUUAAAUUUGAGCGAAAGACGAUCUUAACUGUGCCCAUAACCAUCUAUGCCGAGCCUCAAUAUCAGAUCACAAAUUUAGCCGUCGAUCAUAAGCAGGAGACGGUCAUUGUGAGCUGCAACCAUGCUCAGAUCUAUGUGGGAAUCCUCAUCGUGCCAGAGACUCUGAAGACGAAACAACUCAAGUUUGAGCCACUCGGCGUGCUCAUACACAUUGGCGAAGUGGUCGAUCUCUCUGUUUGCGCCUGGAAGCCCAUUAUAAUGACGGCCUCAAGAGAUCAAACCAUACGCAUUUGGAACUAUGAGACUGGCAAGGUGGAGCUGGUGCGCAAAUUCCAGGUGGAUGUGAAUAUUGUCGAACUGAAUUCCACGGGCUUAAUGGCAGCUAUUGGCUUCUCAGAUCAGCUGCGCAUCACACAGAUAUUUAUGGAUGAGCUGAAUAUCGUCAAAACAUACAACUUUCCGCACUGCAACGAUGUGAAAUACUCGAAUUUUGGACACUUGAUGGCUGCUGCUUAUGAUAACAAUAUAUCUGUGACUUCGGUAUAUAGCCUCGAUGUGGUCAUCCAUUUGAAGGGACACAAUGGCAACGUCUUAUCUGUGGCCUGGACGAAAACGGACAAGUACUUGAUUUCGGGUGGCGCUGAGGGCGCUAUUUACCAGUGGGACAUUGAGACGGGCACCCGACUGCAGGAGAUCGUGCAGAAGGGCACGGAAUAUGUGACUAUCUGCGUCAGCUUCAACGAGCCGAUGACCAUCUUUGCGGGCACAAAUCAUGGCACCAUACGCGAGUUCCAGGCCUCGACGUUGCAGCGUGAAAUAACUGUGCCAUCCCGUAAUAAGGGAUCUGUGUCCGAUAUGUGUCUGGCUCGCUCGGAUCUGAUCAUGUUCAUAGCGGAUCAUGAAGGCGGCUUGUUCAAUAUGCAGUUGCCGUUCCUCGAAGCUGGCGGUGGUACCUUCACCAAUUUCCGCUUCUUCGACGGACCCAUUAGUAAGUUGAGAUUCACAUAUGAUGGAACGAUGCUGGUGGCUAUAUCGAAACGUGGCACUGUGGCCAUUUGGAAUAUGGAGAACAUUGAUGGGAAGGUGGCGCCCAUUGAUCAGGAUUUGAUGAAGAGCCAAGAGGUGUUGAUACCACGCACCCAGCUCAGCGACAAGGUGGAGCAGAUUACCAAUCUCGAGCUGCGUCUCAAGCAGCAGGCGGAUGAGUUCCAAUAUCAGUUGAGCCAGAAUGAGAUCUUUGAUGGGCAGCAGCUGCAGGAGGUGCAUCGCAGCUAUUGCAGCGCUCUGGAGGAGCUCAAGGAGCUGAACAACGAGAUAGUGUCGAAGCAUACGGAGGAAAUGAAUCUCAUAACAUUCCAGAUCAACGAUAUGAAACAGGACCAUCGCUCCCAGAUGGACGUAUUGGCCAGUCAGUAUUCGGAGCGUAUGCUCAUCGAAUACCAAAAGUUCACCAAUCUGCGAGAGAACAUGCUGGAGCUGCGCGAGAGCUACGAGGAUAAGCUGAAGAACUCGACGGGCACGUUGCAAGAUACGAUAGAGGCACUCGAAAACGAUUACAAGAAGCAGCUGGACGAACGCAAGGAUCUCAUCCGUGAGCUGAUGAAGGAGAUGCAGGACAAGAAGGAUGAGUUCAUCAAGUACUGCCAAGAGGUGGAGGCAGAGAACGAUCGCAACAUGGUUGCUACCCAGACGGAAUACGAGAACAAGCUGACCACGGAGCGAAACGAGACGCAAAUGUGGCGUGGCAAGGCGGGUGUGCUCCAAAAGAAAUACGAAUCGCAGUGCCAUGAGAUUGAUACGCUGCUGGAGGAGGUGGAAACGCUGAAGGAUGAGCACAUCAAGUCACAAAUGAAGAUGCAGAAACAACUGCGCAAUAUAGAGGAUCUGCAAAAGGAUAUUUCGGAUCGUGACUAUGCCAUCGGCGCAAAGGAGAAGCGCAUCCAGGAGCUGCUGCACAAGAACCAAGAGCUGGACAAAUACAAACAGGUGCUCAAUCACAAGAUUGCCGAGCUCAAGGCACAGAUCGAGCCACGCGAAUUCCAGAUCAAUGACAAACGGAAACACAUCAUCGAAAUGGAACACGAACUGGAGGGUCUCAAUCAGAACAACAUCCAGCUGGAGCUGCAGCUGAAGGAGAUGCGUGACAAGUACCUGAGCAAUGCAGCCGAACUGCGCUCGGAGAGACACCGCGCCAAGUCCGCCAGAGAAUGCCUCAAUUCCAUCUGCACGGACAUCUUUUAUGUGGCCGGCGAGGUGAGCACGGUGGAUGGCCUGAAGAAGGCCGUCAAGGCGCUAUUCCAUCAACAUGCCAGCGAUGAUGAAUUGAAGCGUUUCGUUACCCUGGAUGCCGAGGUGCGAGAUGAGUUCUUAAGACAGCGCAAGCAAAUCGAAACUGUCCUGGCACGCUACAAGACUGUCGCCGAGGAUAAGACCGUGCAGAAGAAGUACGACAAACUGUUCAAGCAGAAUUGCUUGCUGCUCGAGGAGAUCGAGAGUUUGCGGAUUGAGAACAAGAGUUUGCGUUCCAGGCUUAGAGAAGAUGUGCGUCGCUCUGGCAAUCGCGUUGGUCGACACGAUAGUUUGAUAGGAUAGAGAUACAUGUAUAUAUAAAUAUAUAUAUAUAUGUAUCUAAGUAUAGAAGUAUAUGGAUUAUAUAUGUACAGUGCAUUUACAAAGAGCUUAAGCUUACUUAGAUGAAUAAAGAAAAGAGCAUGCAGGCCUUCUUGAACAAGUCA